ACCGGGUCCGCCCCCAGGGUUCCGCCUGCGCUGCGGCGGGCGGCCAUCCCGCGGCGGCCACGGGACUGAGGGGCGGUCCCUCGAAUUGCUGGGAGAAUGGGAAUUGACUUACACUGAUGGCAGCAAAAGGGAAAUCAUGCACCCAUGACUAAACACCAAGAUAAGCGUCAGAGAGCGCAGUCACCGUUUAAAUAAAAAAUCAGAGUGUGGAAAGUGAGGUCUAAGAAAAGCUGCUGCAGCAAGUUGGUUCAAACCGGUGUAACAACAAGAAUUAUGUGAUCAAUGUGAUGCUCAUGAAUUACUCGGACUUCCCAUCAAGUCCUGAAAGUUUGAAAUGUGCUGUGAAUGGAGCCUUGAAAUGGGUACAAAAUGAAUUCCAGACAACAGGAGAAAAUGUUACAGUUGAUGCCAUCUUCCACACCUUUGCCUCAUCACUCUAUGUCUCACAAGGCUGUCGUACUAGCACCUGUGAAGGUGUGGAGCUCAUCAAGACAAUUUAUGAUUCUGGCACACUUGGCUGUGCUGUAAUAGGACCUGCUUGCACUUAUGCCACCUACCAAAUGGUCUCACUUGACACAGUACUGAGCCUGCCUCUGAUCUCUGUAGGGAGUUUUGGACUGUCCUGUGACUACAAAGAAAACCUAACCCGCCUUCUGACUCCAGCCAGGAAAGUGAACGAAUUCUUCUCUUAUUUUUGGAGAGAUUCUCAGCUGCCAUUUAAAACCACGACCUGGGAAUCUGUCUACAUUUACAAGAGGACUGAAACCUCAGAGGCAUGCUUCUGGUACAUGAAUGCUUUAGAUGCUGGAAUCACAGAGUUCUCCGAAAAACUGAAGUUCAAGGAUAUUUUAAGGACUCCAGAGCAGCUGAAAAGAACUGUGAAAAAUCCAAACCGGAAAAGCAAUGUGAUCAUCAUGUGUGGCUCUCCAGAGGAUGUCAGGACAGACCUAGAGACGGAGAAAGUGGAUAAUGACAUUGUUAUCAUCCUGAUAGAUCUCUUCAAUAACACGUACUUCAGGAAGAACAGCUCAGCUGACUACAUGCAGAAUGUACUUGUCCUGACUCUGUCACCAGCUAAUUACAGCAACAAUACUGUAAUUAGAGACUACACAGAGUGUGAGGACAACACCCUGAUGGAAGAUGACUUUCUUGUUGGCUAUUCUAAUGCAGUCUUGCUGUUUGGGCAUACUCUCAAGAAAUUUAUUGUCUCCCAGAGCCCAGUGUCACCUCUCAGUUUAAUCAAUGAAUUCCGAGAUACCACUUUUGAAGGUCUACUGGGUCCUGUGACUCUAGAUGAAUAUGGAGACAUUGAUACCAAUCUGACCCUGCUGUACACAUCACCAACUGCAAAGCAUUUCAAACCUCUUCUGUAUUUCAACACUCACAACAACGAGACAAACAAGGCAACUAACAGUCCGGAUUUUAUCUGGAAGAACCACAAGCUGCCCAGUGAUACUCCAGGCACUGGCCCCCACGUCUUGACUAUUGCUGUAUUUACACUCACAGGAAUUGUGAUUUUGGUUCUGAUCAUCUCUUUGGUGAUUCUAAGGAAGUACAGGAGAGAUAAUGAACGCCGGUGGAAGAAAUGGUCCCAUAUACCACCUGAGGAAAUCUUGCCUCUGGAGACCAGUGAGACAAGUCAUGUUAGUCUGAAGAUCGAUGAAGAUAAGAGACGUGACACCACCCAGAGACUGCGCCAGGGCAAAUAUGACAAGAAGGUGGUGAUCCUAAAGGAUCUCAAAAACAGUGAUGGUAAUUUCUCAGAGAAGCAAAAAAUGGAACUGAACAAGCUCCUACAGGUUGAUUAUUACAAUCUGACCAAGUUCUAUGGCACUGUGAAGAUAGACACCAUGAUCUUUGGGGUGAUUGAGUACUGCGAAAGAGGUUCUCUGCGGGAUGUUUUAAAUGAUAAAAUCUCCUAUCCUGAUGUCACGUUCAUGGACUGGGAAUUUAAAAUCUCUGUCAUGUAUGAUAUUGCCAAGGGGAUGUCUUACCUGCACUCAAGCAAAACUGAAGUCCAUGGUCGACUCAAGUCCACCAACUGUGUAGUAGACAAUCGCAUGGUAGUGAAGAUCACUGAUUUUGGCUGCAAUUCAAUUCUGCCUCCAAGGAAAGACUUGUGGACAGCUCCUGAGCAUCUCCGUCAUGCUGAUGUAUCUCAGAAGGGUGAUGUAUACAGCUAUGGGAUCAUUGCCCAAGAAAUCAUCCUACGCAGAGAGACGUUCUACACCGGACACUGCCGGGACAACAGAGAGAAACUUUACAGAGUGGAGAGCGGCAAAGGAGUGAAGCCUUUCCGACCAGAUCUGACCUUGGAAACAGUGGGAGAAAGACAGGUGGAAUUGUAUACACUAGUGAAGAGCUGCUGGGAGGAAGAUCCAGAGAAAAGGCCUGACUUUAAGAAAAUUGAGAGUACUCUGGCUAAAAUAUUCAGUAACCUCCAUGGCCAAACCAAUGAAAGCUACAUGGAUACCCUGAUCCGGCGCCUACAGCUGUACUCCCGGAACUUGGAGCACCUGGUGGAGGAAAGGACAGAGCUAUACAAAGCAGAGCGAGACAGAGCAGACAGGCUUAACUUCAUGUUACUUCCAAGGCCAGUAGUAAAGUCUUUGAAGGAGACUGGCCUGGUAGAACCAGAGCUCUUUGAAGAAGUCACUAUCUACUUCAGUGACAUCGUUGGCUUCACCACCCUCUGCAAAUAUAGCACCCCUAUGGAGGUGGUAGAUAUGCUGAAUGAUAUCUACAAGAACUUUGACCACAUUCUUGACCAUCAUGAUGUUUACAAGGUGAUUAGCUCUUCACUUUUCUUCAGUUAA